AUCCAUGCUCUCAUUACAAAAGGUGAGUUUUUAAUAAUUUUCAACAAAAACAAAAACAAAUAUUUUUUUGUUUUCAGUUGAACAGCAAAACAGAGACAUUCUUGCACACCAGCGUACCAGCCGCGAAUUGUUGGCCAAAUGUUUUGAUGGAAUUGAAGAGGUGAAGGAUCAUCUAAAGACGUACAUGAUUCUGCCGGAUAAGCGGGCUUUUCCGCUUAAAACACGAGACGAUGUUGGUGACAUGACAAGGAACUUUGACGACUCCGAAAACAACGAAAAUCUGAAGCGGGAGAUCGCAUACGCACUCAGCAGUGCGCAUAAGGAGGACUGGUUGCGUGCUAUUCUGACGGACGAAGUGACCAGCGGCUUCCAUUUGGCUGAAGAGAUACGUCAAAUAAACUUUAUAAGACAUAUCAUAAGUAAUAUCACCAACACCGCCGAUAAAGCCUUCACUGCAAUGGUGGCCCAAGCCAAAAAUCGAGUGUAUGCGCAACGCCGCAGGAACGAGAAAAAAAUCUCCAAGAGUAACCCGAAGGAUAACUCCACUGGAAGGUCCAAAACUGACUGUGAUCACCAGAGCACAUCCAAGUGCACCACCCUGCGCAGUACCAUGAGUGGCAUUCAGCGUGACCAUAAGAAUACAGGAAUCUCGAACUUAGAGCACCAGGGAAGUUCUAAGCAAACAUCCAAGAAUGUGUCCAACCAAGAUCAGCAGGGCAGUUCCUCCAACUCCACUGGAAACUCGUUGAAAGAUUCCCAAUCUAAAAUGAGCUCCAACUCCCCACCCGUGAGCGUAUUCAAGAUCAAACUCAAGGACGGCUCCAGCGGCGAUACCAAAAGCGUAUCCAACGUUCUAUAUAAACACACAUCAAGUGAAGAAACCAGCGAUGACUUCGAUGAUUUCGAAGAAAAGGAAAAUGUACCGGCAUCCAAACACGUCUACCCUCCGCUUUCCGGAAAGAGGGCACGCUCAGAAGAAACAGAUGAAGAAAUCGAAUCCCCGGAAUAUUCACCUUUGAAGCGAAAGAAUUAAGAGUAAAUAAU